CUACGCGUAGUGUUGUGCCUUUGCAUUCGUAGGAGUAUGACUAUCAGCUAGCGUGCGCUGAAUACGCCGAGCGUUGAGUUCAGUGCGCACCGGGACCGGAGCAACGACAGCAGAAGUGCCAGUGCAUCCAGAGGAUCCGAGCCGACACCGACCAGUUGUGAAACUAUUUCUCCGGGAAUGCAGCUCUCGGACUCUCCUUCGAGAUAUGAAUAGUUCCCCCAUCUACGGAUGCUUUCUCCUCCUGGCCUGGCUGAGCCUGAGCUGCCUGCACCUCACUCACAAUGGAGUCGAUGGCGCCCAGAAGAAAUUUACUUUCCUCGAUUGCGUAGCUCAGGAACAUCCCGCCACGGUAUCCCCACGCUUCCAGGAGUGCGUUGACGCAUCCUCUUCCAGCGGAACAUUGUUCCGCUUCAUCAAUGGCUUCGAGUGCAUCCUUCGACUCGCCAAUGCGAUUCGGCCCGAUCGCAGUGUAGACGUCGGUACACUUUUCGCGGCCGUUGGAGAUUUCAAAGGCACUCGUUUCGAGAAGGCUGUUCUGGACUGUGAAGCACCGCUCCCCGCAAUUAAAUUCACCAUCUGCAUGCUGGAAAGAUUCCGAGAGAUAUGCAAAAAUCGUAUUGUGAUUCCUCGUCCCUCGAAAAACGGAAUUGGAUCAUCUACUCCGGCACCCUCGUCAACGCCGCCUCGAGCAAAAACUAAACCUUCCAAAAACAGCUUGAAGAGACGACCUCGCUGAAUGAAUCGAUUCUAUACUAUUCCAAUUGAGGAGUUGGAUUCACUCGAACUGUUCGGGAACGGGUCGUCCCAGUAGAAGAACAGUCAGAUAAUCCAAUAUUCGCAGAUUUCCUUCAUCCGCGAUGAAUUCCAUGCGAUUUAGGGUUAGACACUUUCCGAAGUGGACUCCUUGGCCACCUCGGCGUCGUUAUACGAUUCUUUCCUAACGGCAUUAAAUCAAAUGACCU